AAAGGCAGCGAGGAAACGCUCUAAAGAACUCAAAGAGGCCACAGACGAGAACGCUCUAGCGCAGGAAGCAGUGUCUCUUCUUCAUUCUCCAAACGCCUAAGGAUCCAAGGAACUCAAAAGCUGAAAUCGAAGAUGACUUUUUCCGCUUUUCAUCUUUUGCUGUUGUUACUAGCACCGUUGAUCAUCAGCGCACGGCCGGCAGAACCGAUUCAAUCGACGCCCAGAGACGCACGACAGCUGCUGGCCCCUGUCCACUACUUGCCAUGGGCUCAACCUGCUUUGGUUCCUGAUCAUCGUUACGGAUACAAUCCACUCGUUACACGAGACAAUGUUCCCCUCGAUGAUAUCGACUCACGUAUUGGAUUUGCACUCCUACUAUUGUUAUUGAACGGUUUAGGUGAUGACGAUCGUUUAACGUCGAAUCGCCCGCUAGGCAAUCGUCCAUUUUUUACUAGACCACGGAUGGAAAUCAGACCACAAAUAUAAUUUGUCGUGCUGUCAACAUACUGUUCGGCUUAUUGUUUCCAUCCAAUGUUAGACUAACGGCUGCGCUUACAUAUACUGACUUUUCUUCUUAAUGUACGUUCUUGCUAAAUUUUGUAUUUCACUGUUUGUCUGUUUUUUUCAAUCUAAUUUUAUUGAAUUUUCUUUGUAGGGCGCGGUAGCUUUCCUCAUAUAUAUCAAUUGAUAAACGAAAUUCGAUCACUGUAGGUUAUCACCUUGAAAUACAAAAUUUCAAAAUAA